GGCUGGGGGGGCUGAGGGCGUGCGUAAAGGUCUCUGCUUUGAGGGGGAGUUGAGCGUUGCUGCAUUGCCCAAGGUGGACGGUGGAGGCGAGCAAGCGCGAAGCCUUCCUGUCUCCGGAAAAAAGCUGCCUUUAGAACCCCACUUUCGAGUCAGGAUAUUGGGAGCUGAAGUUUCAUCGUCCCUUUUUUGCUCCCUUCUCUGCGCUUUUGUUUUUCCUAAAGGCGUAAUUCACCACGAAUGUCUCUCUCCUUGUCCCUGCGGGGAGGCGAAACCGUUUCCAGAGCCCCUUGGGGCACGCUGUGCGUCAGCGCCGCCCGGGCAGGGAGGUGGAGGUGCCAGGUGUCCCCGUACGGCGCGUCCUCAGCUUCCCUUGCAAGAACAGGAGGGAUGCGAGGGCUUCCUUCUCCCCUUGCCGAUCCUCCUGGCAUCCCCAAAAAACCCAGGGCGGGGCUGGGAGCACCGUGCCAGCAUGGCCUUGAGUUUUAAGACAGUAGGAAAGGGAAGGAAAGGGACACUUGUUGAGCUUUCAUCCCAUCCUCAGCCUCCAGCACUGUCCCGAGCUGCAUCCUGAGCCUUUGCGCAUCGCAGCCCUCGAAAGGACAGCGUGGGUUUUGUUGCCUGAGCCUGGGCACGGACACGGAGGGGUUUCUGAUUUGGGGUUUACCUCAGCCGCCCGCCUGGCCCCUGCCCUGGGGUCGCGCCACGUGAGCGCAGGGGACACGCUGUAGGAAAUCCCGCCGGUAAACAAGCUCAGCAGCGAGCCCGGGGCCCUGACAGCUGCUUGGGAUCGAUGACAAACGCGUGGCCGGUGCCAGGGCCAAGAGGGUCGGACCUGCCCCGUGCCGUGCUCCCCGGCCCCAGGGUCCCAGCCGGGCAGGAGCGUGUUUGGAGCAGGGGUCGAAAUGAAGCAAACCCCUCGUGCGUGCCAGGUGGCCCCGCUUUCAGCAGCUCAAAUGCCACCGGGGGACGGGGUUUUGCUGUCACCCGACGCCGGUGGCUGCUGGAACGUCCCCCGGGCGCUAUAUAAGGGGAGGGCCAAGGAGCUGGCUCGCAGGGCGCUGGCUGCGCACAGCGGGAUGUAAGGAGGCAGACGGGGACGCGGUGCCCGGGUCCCCACGCCCCUCCAGCCAUGGUGGGCCUGAAGCCCCCCGAGGUGCCCCCGCCGGCAGCCGUGAAGUUCCUCAGCGCCGGGACGGCCGCCUGCAUCGCCGACGUCUGCACCUUCCCCCUGGACACCGCCAAAGUGCGGCUGCAGAUCCAGGGCGAGGUGCGGAUCCCCCGGAGCCCCAGCACGGUGGAGUACCGGGGCGUUUUGGGCACGCUGAGCACCAUGGUGCGCACCGAGGGGCCCCGCAGCCUCUACAGCGGGCUGGCGGCGGGGCUGCAGCGCCAGAUGAGCUUCGCCUCCAUCCGCAUCGGGCUGUACGACUCGGUGAAGCAGCUCUACACCCCGAAGGGGGCUGAGAGCACGGGGCUGGCGGCGCGGCUGCUGGCGGGCUGCACCACGGGGGCCGUGGCGGUGACGUGCGCCCAACCCACCGACGUGGUCAAGGUGCGCUUCCAGGCCCACGGGGCGCUGCCGGACAGCGCCCGGCGCUACAGCGGCACCGUGGACGCGUACCGCACCAUCGCCAGGGAGGAGGGCGUCCGCGGGCUGUGGAGAGGGACGCUGCCCAACAUCGCCCGCAACGCCAUCGUUAACUGCGGGGAGCUCGUCACCUACGACCUCAUCAAGGACGCGCUGCUGCGGGCGCAGCUGAUGACAGACAACGUCCCCUGCCACUUCGUGGCCGCCUUCGGGGCCGGUUUCUGCGCCACGGUGGUGGCGUCGCCGGCGGACGUGGUGAAGACGCGGUACAUGAACGCCGGCCCCGGGCAGUACAGGAACGUGCUCAGCUGCCUCCUGGCCCUCCUGAUGCAGGACGGCCUCGCCGGCCUCUACAAGGGGUUCGUCCCCUCCUUCCUGCGGCUCGGCUCCUGGAACGUGGUGAUGUUCAUCUCCUACGAGCAGCUACAACGUGCUGCGGUGCUGGCCCGGCCGGCUCCCCCCUGAGCCCCCGGCCCCUCUCGCCAGCGCGGGCAAGGGGCAGGAGUAAAUUACGUUAAUUGCUGCGGCAGCGUGGGGGGAACGAGGCCAAACACCCCCCCCCCCCCACGGCCCGAUGGGGAUGAUGAUGAGGACCAAGAGGGUCCCCGAGAGGGACCGGCGAGGCGGACGGAGGCGCUGCAGGCGGCCGUUUGCAGGGACGUGGGAGAAAAGGUUUCCAGAGAGGAGUUUAGAGGGGAAUUAAAAGCACUCGUAGGGUUUCCAGCCCGGAGAGCAUCGCUCCUGGCGGCAGCGGGAACGAGACGAAUGGAAGGGAGAGGUGUGGGCAGGCGGGACGGAAUUGAGGGAUGGGGGAAAAACGCGGUGAUUCCUGUGAUUUCCUCACUCACGCUUCAAAUAAAUCACCCCUAUGGGGUCUG